CAUGUCCUCUAAGUAAGGCACUAAAGUACAACUCACCAUUUACGUUGGAAAGAACUGAAUAAUAUGCACCUUUCUGUCGGUUAAUAUACAAAUAUACAAAGGUACAUUAAAGUAAAAUUCACUUUCACUUUUUUUUUUUUAAACAUACAACAUAUGGACAAAACAAACUGAUCUAACCAGAGAUUUCACCAUAGAAAUAAAUAGGUGAAUUAUACCUUGUUUUAUUUUAUAUUUUAUAUAUUUUUUGUCACUGAAUAAUAUGCACCUUUCUGUCGGUUAAUAUACAAAUAUACAAAGGUAAAUUAAAGUAAAAUUCACUUUCACUUUAUUAAAAAAAACAUACAACAUAUGGACAAAACAAACAACUAACCAGAGAUUUCACCAUAAAAAUAAAUAGGUGAAUUAUACCUUGUUUUAUUUUAUAUUUUAUAUAUUUUUUGUCACUGAAUAAUAUGCACCUUUCUGUCGGUUAAUAUACAAAUAUACAAAGGUACAUUAAAGUAAAAUUAACUUUCACUUUUUUUUAAACAUACAACAUAUGGACAAAACAAACUUAACUAACCAGAGACAUCACCAUAAAAAUAAAUAGGUGAAUUAUACCUUGUUUUAUUUUAUAUUUUUUGUCACUGAAUAAUAUUCACCUUUCUAUCGGUUAAAUAUACAAAUAUACAAAGGUACAUUAAAGUAAAAUUCACUUUAACUUUAUUAAAAAAGCAUACAACAUAUGGACAAAACAAACUGAACUAACCAGAGAUAUCACCAUAGAAAAAAAUAGGUGAAUUAUACCUUGUUUUAUUUUAUAUUUUAUAUAUUUUUUUCACGGUUCAACGUUGUCAAAUGACCUCCGUGUGGGCGGGGUCCUGACUGUUUUCUUAGGUAGCCUGUUAAAAUGCCCGAACUCAAAACACUUCUUUUUCCAAGAUGGCGUCGAUGAAGGACAGCGACACCGGGCUGUGGCUUCACAACAAAUUGGGAUCCACGGACGAGUUGUGGACGCCCCCGAGCAUCGCGUCCCUCCUCACCGUGUCGGUGAUAGACAACAUACGGCUGUGCUUCUCCACCUUAUCGCCGCCGGUGAAGCUGAAGCUCCUGCUCGGGAUGCUGCAUCUCCCCCGGCGGACCGUUGACGAGAUGAAGGAGGCCCUGUCGGAGAUCAUCCAGCUGGCUACGGUGGACUCUGAGCCGUGGGUGCUGAUGGUCGCCGAUAUCCUCAAGUCCUUCCCGGAGACCGGCUCUCUCAAUCUGGACUUGGAGGAGCAGAAUCCAAAUGUGCAGGAUAUUCUCGGAGAGCUCAGGGAGAAGGUGAGCGAGUGCGAGGCAUCGGCCAUGCUUCCUCUGGAGUGCCAGUACCUGAACAAGAGUGCGCUGACCACUCUGGUGGGGCCCCUUACGCCCCCCGUCAAACAUUUCCAGCUUAAGAGGAAACCCAAGAGUGCAACCCUCAGAGCAGAGCUGCUGCAGAAAUCCACAGAAACAGCCCAACAGCUGAAAAAGACAGCCGGAGUGCCUUUCCACGCCAAAGGGAGAGGACUGGUCAAAAAGAUUGACACCACGACUCCUCUUAAGGGGAUUCCCAAGGCCCCGUUCCGCAGUCCCACUGCCCCCAGUAUAUUCAGCCCUCCCAGUAACCGCACGCCCAUUGCCCCUGCACGGACGCCCCUGCGUAAAGAGAGGGGGGUCAAGCUUUUAGAUAUUUCAGAGUUGGAUAUGGUCGGAGCUGGAAGAGAGGCCAAGAGGAGAAGGAAGACUUUAGAAACGGAGGCCGUCGAGAAAGCCGCCAAAGAAGAAGCCGCCGCAGCAGCGGUGGUGGAGAACACGACGCCCGACUACGCUGCCGGCCUCGUCUCUGCACAGAAACUCGGGGCGUUGAACGAGAACCCUCUGCCGUCGACCAGCUACCUCCCCGCCACGCCCAGCAUGGUCCCCUCCUCCUCUUACAUUCCCAGCUCCGAGGCCCAGCCAGCCAACGCCGGCGGUUCCGGGCGGGAAACGCUGCAGUCGGCUCGCCAACCGGAGGAGUCGGCCACGGCGGCCGCCGGCGCCACCGCCACCUUGCCGGGCCAGUACAAACAGAGAACGCCGAUGUACAACGCCGGCAACACGGCUAAUCCCGCAACCCCCACGUCCCCCAGCACGCCGGUCUCCACCCCGGCCAGCAACGGGCCCCCGGCGGCCGCGACGGCCAGCCAGCCGGAGACCCCCACCCAGCCUCCCAGCACGCCGCAGACCCCCACCCCGACGCCCACCCCCGUGCCGCCGCAGCCCCAGCCCAAAAAGAAUCUGUCGCUCACGAGGGACCAGAUGUACGCCGCCCAGGAGAUGUUCAAGACGGCCAACAAGGUCACCAGACCAGAGAAGGCCCUGAUCCUGGGCUUCAUGGCUGGAUCCAGAGAGAACCCGUGCCCGGAGCAGGGGGACAUCAUCCAGAUCAAGCUGAGCGAGCACACGGAGGUGCUGCCCAAGGCCGACGGCACCGGCAGCACCACCAUGCUGGUGGACACGGUCUUCGAAAUGAACUACUCCACGGGUCAGUGGACCCGCCUCAAGAAAUACAAACCCAUCACCAACACCUCUUGAGGCGCCGCACACCCCGACAUUUCUUACCCGCUUCAAAGAAAUCAUGUUUACACACGUACAAAGUAUUUUGCAUUCACAUUUGGGCCAAAUGGAAGUCGUCGAGGAGAGAGGCAUCCUCCCUGUUCCUGCGCCGCCAAAAUGCAGGACUCUCAGAAGAAUACUUCUGUACUUUGUUUGGGUUUUUUUAUUUUUAUUUUUUCCGUUUUAAUUCACCUCCGAAUCCUGAACGAUGCCGAGGAGUUAUUCCCACGGCGGGCACCUUUCCACGCGCGUACUCCGAGGUAUGCGCGUGUCGACGAAGAAGACGAGACGGGCUGUCUGUAUUUUUGUGUAUGAAUGUCACAUUAACGGUAUAUCUUCAGAACCCAAUGGGGGUUUUGUGACGACGACAAAAAGAGAACAAUAAUGACAAGUCAACGUAGAGGUGACCAAAGAAGAGAAGAAUAAGAAGAGCAGAAACGACGCAUUCUGCUUGGAGCCUUCUGGGGGAUGUCUUCAUUGGUUUUUCAUCCUGUGUCUCCAAAGAAGGGAAGAAAAUAAAGUGACCGUCGUCUCCGGCGAGAAGUUUG